AUGAAGCUCACUCCAAGCAAAGCCGUGCUCCUCUGUGGCUGGCUGUGGACGGCUUCGGCCGCCCCCAGCUGCCCAGCGCCACGAGAUGCGAAUCGUGGCGCCGUCUCGUCCGAGAGCGCCCUCUGCAGCAGCAUUGGCACCCAGCUCCUCAAGGAGGGCGGCAACGCCGUCGACGCCCUCGUCGGCACCGUCUUUUGCGUCGGCACCGUGGGCAUGUACCACAGCGGGCUCGGCGGCGGCGGCUUCCUGCUCCUGCGAGACAAGGACGGCAAGUAUGAGUUUGUCGACUUUCGGGAGACGGCCCCCGCGGCGGCGUUUGAAGACAUGUACAAGAACAAUACGGACGCCAGUCUCUAUGGCGGCUUGGCAAGUGGCGUUCCCGGAGAGCUGCGCGGUCUUGAAUAUGUGCACAAGAAAUACGGUGCACUCGACUGGGCCAAGGUCAUGGCGCCGGCCAUCAGAGUCGCCAGAUAUGGCUUCCGCGUCGACGAGGAUCUCGUCAAGUACAUGCAGUCGACGGCGAGAAACGACUUUCUGGUCGAGGACCCGAGCUGGGCCCUUGAUUUUGCGCCCCGCGGAAGACUCCUCCGGCUCAACGAGACAAUGACGCGGAAACGCUACGCCGACACGCUCGAGACGAUUGCGCAUCAAGGUGCCGACGUCUUCUAUACCGGCGCCAUGGCCAAUGCCACCAUCACGGCCCUGCGCGCCCGCGGCGGUACCAUGACCCUCGCGGACCUCGCCAACUACACCGUCGCGCACCGUCCCCCGCUGCACAUAACCUACCGCGGGCACAAGCUCACCAGCACCAACGCGCCCUCGGGCGGCCCCGUCGCCCUCGGCGCGCUCAACACCGUGAGCGGCUACGAGGACUUUUUCCAGCCCGCCACCGUCAACAUCUCGACGCACCGUCUCGACGAGGCGAUCCGCUUCGCGUACGGCCAGCGCACCAAGAUCGGCGACCCGUCCUUCCUCCCCGGCCUGGACAGCUACACGGCGGCCAUGGUGGCGCCGGCGACGGGCGCCGAGAUUCGCUCCAAAAUCUCCGACACCUCGACGCAGCCCGUCGCGUACUACAACCCGGACGGCAUCGAGUCGCUCGCCACGCCGGGCACGUCGCACGUGGUGGCUGCCGACGCGAGCGGCAUGGCCGUGUCGCUCACCACGACCAUCAACACGCUCUUUGGCUCGCGCCUGAUGGUGCCCGAGACGGGCGUCAUCAUGAACAACGAGAUGAACGACUUCAGCAUCCCCGGCACCAGCAACGCGUUUGGCUACCGGCCCAGCCCCCAAAACUACGUGCGCCCGGGCAAGCGCCCGCUGUCGUCCAUCUCGCCCGUCAUUGCCGAGACCCCCGAGGGCCGGCUGUACUUUGCGUGCGGCUCCGCCGGCGGCAGCCGCAUCACCACGGCCACCAUCCAGCUCGUCGUCCACAUGCUCGACCAGCGCAUGGGCCCGGCCGCGUCGCUGCGCCAGCCCCGCCUCCACGACCAGCUGCAGCCCGACCAGGUCGCGUUCGAGUACGCCUACGACAACGCGACGACGGCCUUCAUGGCCGCGCGAGGCCACAACGUGACAUGGGUGGCCCCCGGCCAGAGCACCGCCCAGGCCCUCCGGCUUCUGCCCAAUGGCACCUUUGAGGCGGGAGGGGAGCCGAGGCAGAAGAACUCGGGUGGGUUUGCGGUCUGA